GGUCUCUAUCUCGGAGCAGCAGUAGUGCCGUGGCUGGGAAGAAGCAAGUCGGUGGGUAUAUAUUGGACCAAAGGAUAGGCAGGGGGAGCUAUGCCCAGGUCUGGCGGGGACAUAUGAUAUCUCAUCCGGAUAAGUUAGUGGCAGUGAAGGUUAUCAAUAGAGGUACAGUGCAGGAGACAAGUCAGUUGAGGCAGGAGGUCAGCGCUCUCAGGAAGCUGCGGCAUGAGAAUAUUGUGCGUUUCAUAGACCUUCGUAAAUCCCAAGGACACUUCUACUUGGUGCUUGAAUACUGUGAGGGUGGGGAUUUGGCCCAGUUCAUGCAGGCUAGAGGAGGCAAGCUUGAGCCAUCACUAGCCCGUCGGUUCUUCGCACAGAUCUGCUCUGGCUUAUCGUCUCUCCAUCUACAACCAUCACCACUCAUACACAGGGACAUCAAGCCGCAGAAUGUGCUGCUUUCAUAUAGCUAUCUCUCCUCGGCCGAAAACUUUGGCUUUGCAAGGUCGCUGCAGCCAACUGACAUGGCGGCCACUGUGUGUGGCAGCCCGAUGUAUAUGGCACCAGAAAUACUUAGACAUGAACG